AUGUGGAUUUCUGCAGUAUUCAUUCUUGCUUUGGUUGUAAGUGGAGUCCAAUCUAAAGAUUUUCAGCAUGAUGAAAGCUGUCCCACUGGCUGGGAAAAAUUCCGGAUGCAAUGUUUUAAAUAUUUCAGUGACUUGAAACCAUGGGCUGAGGCAGAGAAAAAGUGCCUUGAGCUCGAUGGAAACCUUGCAUCAGUCCAUGAUAAACGCACUAGCGGUUUCCUCAAGACCUUUCUGAGAAAAUGUGCUAGUGGCAUGCCCCGAACCUGGAUUGGUGCUCAUGAUGCAAUUAAGAAUAAUGUCUGGUUUUGGAGUGAUGGCUCAAAGUUUGACUACAGUGACUGGCUUACUGGUGAGCCAAAUGAUAAUGGAGGAACCGAAAAUUGUGUGGAGCUGGCCUAUGGAGCUGAGCAACGCUGGAAUGAUCUGGACUGUGCCACUCCUCUCGGUUUCAUCUGUUUGAUUUCUCUUGCUGAUUGUUAAUCUGGUCUGUCCAUCACCAGAGAGGCUUUGGUUUUUGGAUCAAUGUUAGUCACUGCAAAAAUAAAACUGAAGUGGACUUUAACCAACA